AUGCAUUUUGGGAAUACAACAUUAAAGAGGGCUGAGAGUGCACGUGCAAAGCUGAAGAAACGACUAGAAUUGCAACACAUUGAGAUAAAUGCGCCAUGUGAGAAGAGUAUGUCAUUUGUGCAACAUGAUUGCAGGAAAGAAGACUUGUUGAUUAGUUUUGUAUCUAUUUCUGCGUUGGAUAAUAUUACAGUUAAGCUGAAGCGGAAGUUAGAUUUGUUGGAGCCCUCACCUACUACUGCACCGAACAAUUCGAUAGAAAAUGCACAGUUUCAAUUAGUUGUGGAGUGGUUUCAAGGGUGUAGUUUUGAGACAAAGAGACAGUGCACACUCACUAACAAUGUUGUUACAAGACGUCCAUGUAAGAAGCCAAAGACCAUAUCCCAAAAGCGAUCGAUUGUUCUAAAUAGUCAGUCACAACCAUUGUCGUCUGUGAAGCCAAGGAAGUUGCCUUCGAAGCUACUUGUCUAUAGGCCUAAACCCAUUGUAGAUGAUUCUUGCUUAACACCAGAGUUUAACAAGUGGUUUCCUGAACAUAUGUUGAUACAUAUUAGAGGGGCACAAGAUGUUCAGAGUGAUGGUAAGUGUGGUUUUAGAGCCAUUGGAUCAUUGAUGGGGAUUGGUGACAAUGCUUGGCACAAUGUGGAUGACUAUACCAAAUAUGAGACACCUCACAUAAUGUAA